AUGGCUUCCCUCCUCGCGCUGUCCGUCCUCUCCCUUCUCCUCUCCCUGUCCCCCGCCUCCACCGCCGCCAACAACUUCCACCGCCACCGGCGGCCCCCCUUGUCGGCCGGACACCCACCGUCAAUGAAGGUGGCGCCGUCGCUUGCCGUGAUCCAGCAGGCCUGCAAGGGCACACAAUUCCCCGACUCCUGCGCGUCCUCGCUCUCCAGUUCACCCUCCCUUCCCCCGAAUCCAACCCCUUCCGACCUCAUCCUCGCUGCCAUUUUUGCCUCCACCCAAAACCUGAAGACCGCCCAAUCCAUGGCUCAUUCCAUCCUGGAUUCUUCCUCCGGCAACCCCAACCGCUCCAAUGCCGCAGGCAACUGCAUUGAGCACCUGGGCUACUCCGGCCACCGCCUCUCCCGCGCCGCCGACGCCCUCCCCCCGGGGAGGACGAAGGACGCCCGCGCCUGGACCAGCGCCGCACUGCUCUACCAGUACGACUGCUUCUCCGCGCUCAAGUACGUGAACGGGACCAAGGAGGUGAACGACGCCAUGUGGUUCCUCAUCUCCCUCACCGAGCUCACCAGCAACGCCCUCUCUAUGCUGGCCGCCUACGAGCGCUUUGGCAGUAACACGGCCGCGUGGGUGCCGCCGCAGACGGAGCGAGAUGGGUACUGGGGAGACGACGCGGUGGCGGCCGGCGGAGGGGAGCCCCACAGGGGCGGCGGCUUCCCGUCAGACCUGUCGCCGCCGGACGCCAAGGUGUGCAAGGACCAGGGGAGCGGGUGCUACCGGACUGUCCAGGAGGCGGUGAGCGCCGCGCCGGACUUCGGCGCCUCCAGGUUCGUGAUCUACAUCAAGGAGGGGAUUUACCAUGAGACAGUGAGGAUCCCGUUCGAGAAGACCAACGUCGUGUUCCUCGGUGACGGCAUGGGGAAGACAAUCAUCACCGGAGACCUCAACGUCCAGAUUGCCGGAGUCUCCACCUACAACACCGCCACCGUAGGUACGAGGAAGAAGAAAGAGACAGUGGCCUUUCCUUUCUUCUUUUCUUCCUUACUGCAUGUGGUAGUGAAAGAUGGAUAUCCUGGUGCUGAAUUGCAGGCGUCAAUGGAGACGGAUUCAUGGCGAAGGGGCUGACCUUCGAGAACACGGCCGGACAGGACGCCCACCAGGCGGUGGCGUUCCGGUCGGACAGCGACCUGUCCGUGCUGCAGGAGGUGGAGUUUCUGGGGCACCAGGACACACUUUACGCCCGCUCUCUCCGGCAGUUCUACAGGUCCUGCCGGAUCGCCGGCACCGUCGACUUCAUAUUCGGCAACUCGGCGGCCGUCUUCCAGGACUGCCUCGUCCUGGUCCGCCCCCGGCAGCUCUCGCCGGAGAAGGGGGAGACCAACGCCGUCACCGCCCACGGCCGGACGGACCCCGCGCAAGCAACGGGGUUCGUCUUCCAGAGCUGCGUCGUCAACGGUACCGACGAGUACAUGGAGCUCUACGGCCGGAAGCCGGCGGCGCAUAGAAACUACCUGGGCCGGCCAUGGAAGGAGUACUCCAGGACGGUCUUCAUACGGUGCUACCUCGAGCGGCUGGUGCGGGCGGAGGGGUGGCUGCCGUGGACGGGGGACUUCGCCCUGAAGACGCUGUUCUACGGGGAGUUGGAGAGCUCCGGCCCGGGGGCGAAUUCGGCGGCCAGGGUGCCCUGGAGCACCCAGAUCUCGCCGGAGCACGGCGACGUCUACUCAGUGCGGAGCUUCAUCCAGGGGGACGACUGGAUCCCCGCCAGUUCCUGA